AUGAAGGCCAAGAUUCUACAAACCGCCCCAACUCCCCCGAUGCCUACCAGUGAUACUGAGAUGCUGCUCGACUCUUUCAAGAUCUUCAAGGUGGUCAAGAGCCUCUUCGUUUUGUGUGGGCUGUGCAGCCAUGCAGCCUCGCAUACCAUGCGUGUCCGGCUACCGACCUGCAAGUGCCCUACGUGUGCGGCGGUGGUGCCCUUUACCCUGUGA